UAAAAUAUACAUUACCCUUAUGCCAUUUACUGAAUGUGCCAUGAGUUUGGUGGUGCUUGGAAUGUUUUUUUCUAUUGUCUCCUCUUAUAGCAUUGGUGUGAUUGCUGGAGAUUUUCCUGUGUUUGGAAUAGGCGAUAGUGAUGGUUUUAUGAAAAGAGCUGUUCCUGUCGUAGGUGACAUGUCAGAAAUGCCCAGUGAUAUGAAAGAUGCUAUACAUGGUGUAAAAAUGGGUGUUGCUUCAGACAUAUGUGAUAAUGCCAAAAAUAACCUUGCCAUUGACUGGGAUGGAUCACCUCUUAAUUAUACUUGCUAUCAUCCUAAAAACCGCUUGCCAAUAAUUGAAGGUAUGAAACCGAUUGAAGAUUGCAAUAUUCCUGAAAAAUAUUAUUCAAAACAUGUUUGUAUGAAUGAGAAGAUUGAAUAUGAUGUACCAAUCCCAACCUAUGGUAACCAUAGACCAUUGUGGCCUGUGUAUGGAGAAUAUAUAUUCGUGCCUCCUCAACGUUGGCUUCAUAACUUGGAGCAUGGUGCUGUUGUGAUGUUAUAUCACCCGUGUGCUGAACCACUUGAAGUUGAAAAAUUAAGACAACUAGUUAAAGGUUGUUUGAGAAGACAUGUGAUCACACCCUAUAUGUAUCUGCCUGCUGAUAAGCCAUUAGCAUUAGUGACAUGGGGAUGCAAACUUCAAAUGAAUCAUGUGGAUGCAAGUGUUGUUAAAAAUUUUAUAAAGACUCGAGCCUUGCAUGGACCCGAGGCUGAAUUGGCAAAGGAAGGACAAUAUAGAUUUAAAUUGCUGGAUGUUGCCGAAGCCCCUAAAGGAUCAAAUUAUUAUGACCGAAAACUAUGUCCAUCUUCUUAAGAAUUCUAAUAAUUGAUGCAAAUGUUUUUACACUUACGUUACUUCAUAACAGGAAGAAAUAUGUACAUAUAUCUUGCCAUCUUGUUGUGACUUUUACAUUUUUUUUUUUUUUACUUAGUUGUACAUUUCUUUGUUAAUCUUUUAUUUAAAUUUGUUAAAUAGCCAUAUAAUAUUUAUUUAUUUAAAUGUUCCUUAUCUUUUUAUGAAGUUCUCUUACUUAACCUGCUAAGCUAACAAAAUUCAACUAAACCUUUCAUUUGAUGUUUGGAAAAAAGAAUGCAACUUUUCCUUUUUCUAAAUACUCUUAUAAUAUAAUAUUGUUCAGAUUAGAUAUUUCAAAAUAUUUACUUACACAGUUUUUAACUUUUAAUCUAAAGCACCACAAAUGUAUGUAAUAUUUAAAAAAAAAACACAUUAAAUAUGUUUAAUAAAUCUGUUAUUAUAUUGGAAACAUAGUUAUUUAAAAUAUAUAUUCUUGAAUAUUUUAAGAUUUGUUAGAAAAAAAAAUUGACAUACAAAUUAUUAAAACAGAUCUUUAAAUACUUUUUUUUUAAUUAAGGAAGCACUACGAUAUGACAAUUUUCAAUUUCUGUAUGUCUCUGAACAAACCUAGUCAUACUUUUCCUUAUAGCAAGUACUCAAUUGCAUGUAUAAAGAUUUUUUUUUCUUUGUAUAUUAUGCUAAAAAUAGCUUAAAUACUUUACCUUUGUUAUUUUUACAUUUCCAUCAAAGUAUUUAUAUUUUUUAUUGUUAUUUUUAUUUUAUAAAUCUAAAAAAAGUAUAUCUUUUCUGGAAUAUGGAGAUCAAAAAGAAAUGCUAAAUUUGGUAGUUCCUUCUUUAAUAUACUUGAUUCUGAUAUGUUAUAUAUUUCUUCUGAUGGAAUAUUCAGAGAAAAAGAGGAAUGAGUAUGUUUUAAAAUCCAAUAUUCUGAUUGUUUAAUUUGGGCAUUAUAACUACUUCAACAAUUUGUUACUUACUUUAUAUAUAUUAAUAUUUUGUUUGUUUAUAUUCUCUUUAAUAUUGAACAAAAAGAAAAUUUCACAUUUACACGAGCUUUAAUUUGCCAUUUUUAUUUGUGCUUAAUUUUACUUCAAACAUUCCUGU